AUAUGUGUGCCAAUACCAUAGGUUUGUGGCACUUGUUUAAGUGUUUUAUCGGUUUAAAGUCCUCAAGAUUCUAUCUGGCCGGGACCACAGUACUUCUCUAUAGACUGUGUGCAGGUAGCACCUUUCUCCUGUGCCUCCCUUAUCUACGCCCGGAGGUGUACCCCGAGACCCGUACAGGUACCCCGGAUAGUGUUAAAAUGUUUGACUUGUUGCAUGUCCAGGAUACUCUAAUGACAUAACCAACGGGCGUUACACCCACCAUUGAAUGAAUUCGGUAGCCAAUGGUAUAGACAGCCAAUGUUGACCGCUGAUAAGUGAUUGGUUUUGGAGUUUAUCAGAAACCGAGGAAAUUAUGUACAAAUAUUUUGACUGAGUGCCAGCACGGGACGAAAUGUGACAUUGCUAAGGAUUUUGAUCUUAAUGGCACUUCUGGUGAACAGGUCGAAGUACUCUAACUUACGUUGACCCUCGUGAAACAUUUUAAGAGAUCCAGCAUUUUUAAAUGAUAUUGUCUUAUUUUGAAUGUUGACGAUGCUAUAAGAACGUAAACAUGGAUAUAGGACGGACAUCAAACGGAACCAAGAGUAACAACAAAAAGGUUGCUCCUGAGUUGGGACGAUUGUUCGCCACAUAUCAGUUGAUUCCGUCUUUUAAGCUCUCAGAGAGGCACCACUGCUAUGUUGACUCUCUCAAUGGAGUUGAUGAACUUCCGGAACCAAGGCCGCCAUCUUUACUCAAGGACGCCAUCUUUGAUCCGAAACGGUACUCUGAUGUAGACAGAAGGGCCGUUCAGGCUCCUUCCAAGUUGCUCAAGCAGCCAUUAUCUGUGUUGGUUGAAUAUCUGACAGAAGGAUAUGAAGACGAUAUGUCGAAACUACGCGCCAUCUACCGGUGGGUGACAGCACAGCCUAUCGACCAAUUGAGCAUAGAUAAGAAGGAACCUCCCCACUCACACACACAGUUCCAGCUAUGGCGUAUAAAACAUCGCAAGGGAAACUAUGCCCAGCUUGUCAGUCUCCUCUGCAGAUUUGCACAAAUCCCCUGUGUGAUAAUUCACGGGAAGUUAAAGGGGUCUACGUACGAAGUCGGAGAGAAGAUGGAUGACGAACAGCAUUAUGGGGAGUGGAAUGCCGUUCUCAUGAAUGGAGAUUGGCGAUUCAUUAACGCUUACUGGGGCACGUGCGCUGAGGGUGGAGUCGAGGACACUAAAUGGGAAGUGGUUGACAGAGGAGGUGGGGAGGAUGUGAAAGGAGAUCAAAUCAGCAAACAGCUUUUCUAUUCUUGUGACGAAAACUACUUUUUGACAGAUCCCGAUCAAAUGGCAAGUACCCAUCUCCCUCAGGAUCCAAUAUGGCAGCUAAAAGAUAUGCCAGUGACGGAAGAAAACUUUGAGGAAAGAGCAUUUCUAAAGGACAGAUAUUUCAAUUUGAAGCUUAAACUGAUAUCCCCACAAAAAUGUGUUGUGCACGCGACAGGAGAAUUCGAGAUCAAAUUUGAACUGCCCGAAGAUAAAUAUAUGAACAUGGAUUUUCAGUACCUAAUGUUUAGACUGAAACGAACCUCUGCUCAAGGAUCCUUACACAGAUAUGACCGGUACGUGUUCCUCCAUAGAGUCAAUGCCACACGUCUCGUCAUCCGCAUACGUUCUCCAGUCGCCGACACCUUCCGGUUUGAAUUAGUGGGCAAGGAUGUAACGGUAGAUGACCCUGCUUACGAUUAUGAUUGGUUGACAAUAUUUAAAAUCAUAUUCAAUAGCGAGAAAGAGAACUGUGAACCUUUCCCGGAAUGUCCAGUCAUAGGCUGGGGACCAGGUCGAGACACAAUUGAAUGUGGACUGGCUCCUAUGAGCCACUUUGGCGGUGAGAUCCAGGCCAAAGACACCGGCGCGUUGGAAGUCAAAUUCAGUCCAGUCGAUGUAAAGGACUGGAGCACAAAGACAGUAAGGGCUGAACUAGUCAAAGGUGGAAACAACGCUGAAGACUUCUCAGACCAUGUCGUACAAAGAUACGAAAAUGGUGACCUCAUCUUCAACGUAAACACUCCACGUCAAGGAGAAUACGCUUUGAAGUUGUUUACAAAAGAAGAUGGUGAGGAAAUAGACAAAAACUUUUGCAAUUAUCUCGUGACGUCUAAACAAAUAGGUGAGAAUUUUGCAUUCCCUCGUGGUUUCAAUGAGAAACUUGGCCCCAAAAAGGGAGCAAUGAAGGCAGGGAUAAAGGCAAUGUCUCAUCCCUCGGGAUUUAUCCAUUGUGAAGACGAAGAAAUUGUGCUUGAAUUCCAGAACGACAACAACAUUGACCUUUCCCUGAAUUUGUCGGGGAAAAUGGUGCGGCCGGAAGUGGCCAAGAGACUAAUUAAACAAGAGCAAGAUGGCAAUGUUUGUCGAUUUACUGUCCGUUUCCCCCAGAACGGCAAUUACGGUCUAAGGCUCAUGGGUAACACGGGAAAAGGUUUCCAAAGCCUGUACGACUAUGUGGUUAAGUACAAGAAAAACCGAACAAAAAAGACACUCGUGGCGCCUGGAACGCAAACCCAGGUAGGCGGAACAACGGUCAUCUCAGAAAGUGAUAGACCACAGGCCAGUGGAAUAGGAGACAAAUCCCUGGGAUCUCAUGUGCCAAACCAGCUUCGUGAGCGGAUCCGGAACGCAAUCUAUGAGCAGAACGAUAAGGACUUGGAACAGGCAGUAAUAGAGAUGAAGGAACUGGGUCUACCUACAACAAAGAAUGAUAUAGAGGUGGCGGAAAAGGAACUGGAGUUCUUAAGAUGCCGACGAGAACUGAUUGAGGCGACAAACGAGAAGGACAUAAAUGUCAUACGAGAGGCUCUGAAGAAGGUACGAGAGAAGCAGCUGGAAGACAGACUUGAACGGGAGGUCGUGAAUGCACGCAGCAUGCUCGAACGUAUACGGAAUAUCAACAAGCUUCUACACGCUGUUCUCACACUUGACCAGAAGACAAUUGGGGAAAUCCGUUGCUAUAAUAAUCCGCCUCCUGCAGUUCAUAGAGUUAUGAUGUCAACUCUGCUUCUACUGGGACAUUGGGAGGAGGAAACUGAGGAUUGGAAGAAUGUACAGAUAGCUCUGGGAAAGAUGGGGAAAGAGGCUAUUAAACGCAGGAUACAGGAACUAGAUGUGGACACUAUCCCAUUGGAUGUCGCCCUUGGGGCACGUGAUCUGAUACGAGACUUUUCAUUGGACCAGGUCCGUAUGGUCAGUGCAGGCGGUGCAACCUUCUACGUGUGGGUGAAAGGACUGACGGAGGAGUUGGAGAAGAGGAACGCGGAAGUGAUAGAUACUGUAAGACCAAGAACAUCUAAUAGACGAAAACGGGAGCGGACCAUGGUUCCGAUUGAUUAACGUGAUACUACCGAGAAGAUUGAGCAUUCUGAAGUAAAAAAGAGUUAUGCCCCUUGGAUUAAAACGAACAGUUAUAACAAUGCAGUGUUAUGUCCCUUGGCGUGGGAUUGAUGUAUCCCUUCAUAAGAAUAUUGUAUAUGACCUAGAAUUAUGAAGAUCCUGUUGCAUAAGGAAUCGCAUAUAAAGUUAUAUAUUUAUGAGGAUGUACAGAAAUAUUCAUUGCACAAACAUUUCAUGUGAUGCCCUGAAAAAAAUCGAAAUUAAACAUCGUUGCUAUUGCAAUAUACCGCACCAAGGCUGACAAUGACGUUUCUAAAUGUUAUCGUAGCCUGAAAUGUUGAUUCGAAGCAUACAAGAACAAAGUGCAAAAAUUACGUGAGGACCGUUUGAUUCAAUGGAAAUAGCUGCACCUGUACUAAUUACACUUGUUUAACGUGAAACAUAGAAUAGAGAGUGCACAUCCUGACUGAUGAUGUGUAUACCGGUCAUCAACCAUAACAUAUAUUAUUUAUAUCAUAGACCUGUAGUGCUUCCUCAUUAUUCGGGCUAAUUACGACAGAGGCCUUCACACUCCUGACUUCAAACAGAUACACACAUAUUUAUAAGAUAAAAAUGUUGUCAGGUAAAUGUGCAUAAUAUAUGUGUUAAUAACAAUAGUCCUGUAACAAACAAAGCUAAGUAAAUAUAAUAGUAUCAAUAACAGCAUUUAGAAUUAUAUCCCUUGUUGUGUACAUCCUGUUUAAGAUGUCGCCACAGAUCGUUCUAAUUUCACAGUCAUAUUACAUGACAUUAACUGUGCAUUGAAAACUACACUGCUGUGCUUAAGUUCUUUAUUCCUUGCAUUUUCAUGUUUUUAUAUCUACUUAAGAUUCAAAAACAUACACCAUUUCGUCAUUUUUUUGUCCGUUUACGAAAAGCAAAAGCUAGAAAAUCGGAUGUUGAAUAGAGAAAAGGGGUGGGUUAACAUUAUCAUGGAAGCCAGGCGAAUAUAAAUCCUUAAAAUCCAUUGUACGUUAAAUUAAGUUAAGUUUCUUAGUGAUUAUGUAAAAUCGAAAUGUGUACACUGUGUUUGAUAGCUAAUUAAUGUGAUGUGACAAAUGAAAAAUGAAUAAAAUUAAAAUGAUCAAUUUUAA